UUUUAUAUAUUUUUCAUUCAGUCUUGCUCUUUUAUCUCCUAAUUUCAAAAUAUAUUUCUUACUUACCUUUCUAUUUCUGUCUUUAAUGCUAUUUUGUGCUCAUUACUGUAAUGCUGAUUUAGCCUUGGCCCGAUAUAACUUUUGAUGCAAAUUUGGGUAGUAGUCCUUUUUGCUUUUUCCCCCCCGGCCCGGAUGUUUAUAUAUACAUGACUGUCAUCAUUUGCUUCAGUUGAGAAAGAUGGCAUCCGCUUUCUCAAUCUCUCAACUGCGGUUGAGUCUUUGCUAUAAGAGAUGGAGAAUUAAUUUUGCUAAUCUUUGUAGCAUUUAUUUUCCGUUUUCGUUAAGUAACUUACAUUAAAUUUGCGUAUCUAAUGCACAAACAUUUUAUUCUAAGUUUACUAUGGCUACUUGUAAUGGCGUGAGAAACAUUAAUGAAAUUAAUGCAUCUUCUUCAUACAAAAAUAUUCUUGGAAUACCAUUGCGAAGAGAAAUUAUAAUAGGAGUUACUGUUAUAUUUCUCUUAUUUAUAACCUUUGUCUGUACCUAUCUACUGUUAAGCGAUAAACCUAACAAAUUAAAGUAUGUUAAUAUUUAUUCAAACUCAUUUUCUAUCAAGAAUAUAAAUUCUUCAGUUGAUCCUUGCUCUAAUUUUUAUGAAUUCACCUGUGGACUAUGGCUUCAUAAUGCAAGUAGUGAUUUAAUGCAAGAUAAAGUCAAUGAAUUUACUCUUCUUCAAAGCAUUGUGAAUCAAAAACGCAUGGAAAUUUUUAAAAAUAGUAUUCCUAGUUCCAGUUUUCCUCAAAUUGUCAAUGAUGCUUUUAAUUUUUACAAUAGUUGUCUAAAUUUAAAUAGAAACACUUCUUCUGAUUUAAAUUAUAUCCUAAUGACAUUUGAAAAAAUGGGGGGAUGGCCGAUGCUGCAAUUAGAAGUUUGGGACAAAAAUGAUUUUGAUUGGAUUAGUGGUAGUUCCUAUUUAUUAAAAAACAUGGAUAUUGAGUCCAUAUUUGGUGUUCGUAUUACUGUAGAUGAUUAUAACACAUCUUCAAAUAUGAUCUAUAUUACCAUCCCUGAUGUUGGAAAAGAUGAUUAUUCGUUAAAAGAAUUUUAUAACAGGCAAAUGCUGUAUGUUGUUUUAUAUACCUUAAAUCCAGAUGCUGAUGGUGAAUAUAUAAUUAAAGAUGUUGGAGAUCUUCAAAAAAUUGAAACAGUAUGGCGUGAUAUUAUUGUAGCAGCAAAACAAGAUCCGACAAAGAAUGAUCCUAUCAGAAUCUCAUUACAUGAUUUGAAAAAGGAAAUUCCCGAAAUUGAUUUUGUAAGCUAUAUUAAUUUAUAUUUACGAGACAUGUUAGGGGAGUUUAGGUUUAAUGUAUCGGAAAAAGAUAUGAUCUUAGUUCAAGAUUUGAAUUAUCUUAAAAAAGCAGUUUCCAUUUUGUUGUCAGAUUCAUUUACUAAAAGGGAUUUAGCAAAUUUAUUCGGAUGGCUUUGUGUCCAAAAUUCAUUAAUUCUGUUACCAGAUGUAAUGAGAAACUAUGCUGAGGCGAAUCAGUAUGAUUUACAAGAAACAAUGGAAACGAUCGAAGAUAGAUGUUACGAAAAAACUACAGAAAUUUAUGAAUGCAGCUUUGAUUAUUUGUUUGUGCAAAAUGUUUCUCAUGAUGGUAUUGCUGAUAGUAAAAUUUUAGUUCAGUACUUGAAAAAUGCCUUUGGCAAUUCAUUUGCAGUUUCUAACUGGCUUGAUGACACCACCAGAAAUGCAGCUACACGUAAAUUAAAUUCUUUACAAACUGUAUUAGGUUUCAAAAGUGUAUAUGAGCAAAAGAGUGAGUUUGAUAAUACAUAUAAAGAUUUUCCACAUGUAUCUGAAAAUAUAUUGGAAACAUUUUAUAAAAUUAAAAAGUAUUUUGUGUCUCAAGCAAUUGACCAACUUCAAGUUGGCAAUAAAAUCUCGAUGGACCAUUAUCUACCCAGGCCAAUAACAGAUGUUAGUGCUUAUUACAUACUUCAAAGGAACGUGUUAGUGGUUCCGAUUUCUUUAUUUUCUACUCCUUUUUAUUAUAGUCGAGCACCUUGGUAUUUAAAUUUCGGAGCUUUAGGUGCAAUUAUUGGUCAUGAAAUGAUGCAUGCUUUUGAUAAACAUGGAUGUCGUAGAGAUGAACAUGGUAGACUAUAUAAUUGGUGGACAAAUAAAUCAAUAGAGAAUUAUAACAGUUACUCUAAUUGUUUCAAAAAGCAAUUUAUUUCAUAUUUUGAUGAAGAUAGUUUACCUCCGGCAGCUUCAACUUUAGAUGAAAAUAUGGCCGAUACUGAAGGUCUUCACAUUGCUUUUAAAGCUUACAAACAAUUUGUAAAGGAAAACAUUCCUGGGGGUAAUUUUCCAAAUUUAGAACAAUAUUCUCCCGACCAAAUGUUUUUUAUUUCUUUCGGAACACUUUGGUGUUCAAAUCAGAGUGGUAAGCAUAAAAGCACUAAUGAUGUUCAUAGUUCACCAGAAUUUCGUGUGAAUAGUGCAAUUUCUAAUUCUGAAUACUUUGCACAAGCAUUUAAAUGUUCCGAAAAUUCGAAGAUGCACCCUUCUGAUAAAUGCCACUUAUGGUAAUUGAAGAAAAAAAUCAUUAUUUCAUGAUGGUACUUGAGCAUGAUUCGGUGUCCAUAUUGCUCUAUACAAACAUAGAAAAUAUGAACGAGCUCAAAGAUCUUUUGAUGAAAGGUGAACUGAAAGCUGCUAUCGUCAAUUCCGAGCUUAUUUACCACACUGAUCUACUGAUGUUAGCAUCCCACAAAGCUCUGUACAAUGCUAAGAACAAAUCUCUAAAAACAAAGUCCAUUAACACCGAACUUCUUUACAAUCUUUUCCCGUCGAGAAGUAUUAGAGACUCCUU